AACAAAAUGACAGACGCUCGAAAAGUGGACUUCUUCCCUACCGUCGACGAAAUUCUCAAUGAAGCACCAAUGACAAAGUGCGAGCAGUGUGGACGGGAAUUUAUGAACUCAUCUGCUUGCCGCUUCCAUCAGCUCAAACAACACUUGAAACCCGACGUGUCGGAGACAAAUGAGAAGCGAAUUGUACAGAGGAACUGCGUCGAACCACGUAUCAUUAUGGCAUUUCACUGCCCGGACGCGUCGUGCUCUUCGAAAAAGGAAUGGUUCGACGGACAACGCAACCUUCGGCAGCAUUAUUACAGGGCGCACGCGGAGAAGAAGUUCACCUGUGAGAUGUGCGGAUACAAGGUGGCGCUGGAGAAGGAUUUGAACUAUCAUAGGAAAGCGCGGUGUUCGGUGAUGAAGAAGCAGCUGCUGCAGCAGCAGAAUCAUGGUGAAAAAAAUAAAGCAAGUCGAAAACGAGAGUUUCAAGUGGAAAAUGAGGAGCAGGAAACCACGGAGCCCGAAGCUCCAUCAACGUCAGCGGGAACUCAUACUGUGCUCCAGCCGAUCUAUUUCAUUGUGAGCCCGGAAAAUGUGCAUCAAGUGAUGGAGACUGUGCAGAAGUCACUGAGCACGUCUGCGGAAGCAUCUACUCAAGUGCAAUUUGUUGAGCAGGAGCCAAUCCCUAUGUACUCCACCACGACACAAUACGAUCAGGAGCCGCCGGUGACGUUCUGCGAGCGGGGGACAAUGAUGCACGGUCAGGAGCCACUCAGCUAUUUUAGCCCGCCGUAUGGAGCAGAGUUCGGGGAUUUGUCACCGCCGGAGCAGCAGCAGCAAAAAUCCCAGCCAUUCGAUUACUCGUCAACUAGCGUUCAACAGCCCCAAACUCGCAGCUUUGGAACAAUGUUUGAAAAUGUUACAACAUGCAACACGGGCACCUCAACAAUCGAUGAAUCGUCGUACGUCUCCGAAUUCCUGCGGGACAUUGAGACUCAGACGCCGAGCUUCAUGGUUCGGAGCUCGUCCAACUCGACGGCGCCGGCGGCUCCCACCAACGAUGACUGGACCUGGACAAGAGACAUCUGACUUUUUGCUCUCUUUUCUUCUCAUCCACAACGGUUAAUUCUCCUCCCACUCUCCUGAGCUUUGCAUAUUGUUCACGGCUAAUCAUCCAGAAACCCAUUAGCUUUUACCUUCUUCUUCUUGGCCUUCCGGAGGAAAAUCCUGCAAACAAUUUGUAUAUUUUGUGCGUGUUAUUUUCUCAUUCCCUUUACUUUGUUUUUUCUUGCUGGCUGUUUUUUUUUUUGGAAAAAAAUAUUGAUUUCG